CGGGACGCAGGGUACGUCGCAGCCCGUCGCCGGCGCGGCCGCCCGGGUGCGUCGGCGCGCCCGGAAGCGCUCGGGCGGCGAACAUGGCGGCGUCCGCGGGCGGCCUGGGCGGAGGCGCGGGCCCAGGGCCCGAGGCCGGGGACUUCCUGGCCCGGUACCGCCAGGUGUCGAACAAGCUGAAGAAGCGCUUCCUGCGGAAGCCGAACGUGGCGGAGGCCGGGGAGCAGUUCGCACAGCUGGGCCGCGAGCUGCGCGCCCAGGAGUGCCUGCCGUACGCGGCCUGGUGCCAGCUGGCGGUGGCGCGCUGCCAGCAGGCGCUCUUCCACGGGCCCGGGGAGGCGCUGGCGCUCACCGAGGCCGCCCGCCUCUUCCUGCGGCAGGAGCGCGACGCGCGUCAGCGCCUCGUCUGCCCCGCCGCCUACGGGGAGCCGCUGCAGGCCGCCGCCAGCGCCCUGGGCGCCGCCGUGCGCCUGCACCUCGAGCUGGGCCAGCCGGCCGCCGCCGCCGCCCUCUGCCUCGAGCUGGCCGCCGCCCUGCGCGACCUGGGCCAGCCGGCCGCCGCCGCCGGCCACUUCCAGCGCGCCGCCCAGCUGCAGCUGCCCCAGCUGCCCCUGGCCGCGUUGCAGGCGCUCGGCGACGCCGCCUCCUGCCAGCUGCUGGCGCGCGACUACAGCGGCGCCUUGGCGGUGUUCACGCGCAUGCAGCGCCUGGCGCGGGAGCACGGCAGCCACCCGGUGCAGCCGCCGCCGCCGCCGCCGCCGGGGCCCCAGCCCGGACCCGGCGCGGCCCCCGCCCUGCCGGCCGCGCUGCUGCUCCCGAACGCCGGCUCUGCAGCCGCGCCCGCCGCGCUGGGCGCCUUCUCGGACGUGCUGGUCCGCUGCGAGGUGUCUCGCGUGCUGCUGCUGCUCCUCCUGCAACCCCCGCCCGCCAAGCUCCUCCCGGAGCAUGCCCACACCCUGGAGAAGUACUGCUGGGAGGCUUUCGACAGCCACGGGCAGGAGAGCAGUGGCCAGCUUCCGGAGGAGCUCUUCCUACUGCUCCAGUCCUUGGUCAUGGCCACCCACGAAAAGGACACGGAGGCCGUCAAGUCGCUGCAGGUGGAGAUGUGGCCGCUGUUGAGUGCCGAGCAGAACCACCUCCUGCACCUCGUUCUGCAAGAAACCGUCUCCCCCUCAGGACAGGGGAUCUGACGGAUCACCUUAACCAAGUGACUUUCUGCCUGUUACGAGACCUCACGCCUCCAUCCGCCUUUGCGUUUGGGGGCGAAAUAAAAGACACGGAACCCGGCGGUUCUACCUUUGUUUAUCUCAUUCCUCUUGCCACCAUAGGAAUUUAGUUGACUGAAAGUUACCUGUAUGCCAAAGACGCAUUUCCGUAAUAGUGGGGGAAAAUACAAUAUGAUGGAAUCGAGGAGAGGACAUGGCUCUCUUCCCCCAAGACUGCGACGUAAAUUGAGAACCCCUUUUAUCCCCUUCCUCCUCUUCUUCCACCCAGCUCUGCCCCGCUCUACCCCCUCCCCCGCACCUUUGCUUCACAGUGAGGAUUUUAUUUGCACAGCUCUGAGUACUUAAGCUAUAUAAUUUUUUUUAUCGUGACUCUGACUUCUUAGCUUAUUUCUAUCUGUGUGAUCACCCUGUUUCUCCUUUGUUUCAUCCGCCCCGUACGUUUCGUGGGAAUCAUUCAAUCCCAUACGUCAUGUUGUUGUUGCUACAGCCCUGAAUCCACGAUAAAGCCACUCUAGUACUCCUAA